AUGGCCGUUCUGGGUGUUAGAUUGAAUAUUGAAAGCCCAUCAACUGGUGGGGAGAGGGAUCUUCAUCCGGGUGAUGCGAUGGUCGAAGAGGUGGAGAGGGAUGGCCCCAACAGCAGCACGGAAGCACUAUGCUCACCAUUCCGCCUCCGACUCACCACCGGCGGGAGCGGGACGAACAGUGUAGGUGACCAUUUCCCCAAAACCUGA